AUGGAUACAGAUACAUCACCACCUGCCUCAGCAGCGGAUAGUGAACAAGUCGUUAGGUUCAAGGUGGAGGACACACAUGACGAUCAUGAUACAACUACACAUGAUACUACUACACAUGAAGACGAUGAUAGUAUAACAAGCAGUGAGGAGGAGGAUGACGAUGAUCAUGAUAGCAGCUCAGACGAGUCAGAGAGGGUACCAUCAAAACAACAAAAGAGUAGUAGAGUACAACACCAACACAGAGAUGAUGAUGAUGAUGAGGAUGAAGAUGAAGAAGAUGAUGAUGACGAUGAUGACGACGACGAUGAUGAUGACUUUGAUGUCUCAGACAUUGAGAUCAAGAAGGAGGAUACAAUGGAGGUCAAGAGAUUAAAGAUAAUGCUGCUCAAGGAGAAGGGCAGAGUGAUGGACGCGAAGGAGACCGUCAGCAGUCUGGUCGAACAGAUCACUGCGUACAAGUCAUCGGUGGAGGAGGACAAGGCCGACAUGGAGGCCAAGUUGAAGCACGAGAAGAAGACCAAACUGGAGAUAUUCGAGAUCUACAAGGACUUGGAGUCGGAGCGCGACAAUCUGGCCAAUCAACUGGACGCCGUCAUCAAUGAGUGCGAGCAGCUGGAUCGCGAGAAGCAGGCCAUGUCCAAGGAGAACAUCAACAACCUCCAGUCGCUCAUGAACGAGAUCACCAACAUCGAGGAGAGCAACCUGGCGCUCGAGAAGGAGCUGGACAAGGAGCGCGCAGAGAGCCAGACCGUGCAGAUGCGUCUGGCCGAGCAGCUGUCACUUAAUCAAAAGCUCGAGUCGCUCAACAGCGAGAUGAGCGCCAACCUCUCGUCGUCGGCACCACUUGUCGGUGACUCGCUCACAGUCGCCUCGCUCAAGAAGCAACUGUCUGAUACACAAGCCUUGUUGGUGAAGGAGCGCGAGAAGCUGUCCGCCGUCGAUGGCUUGAUGUUCCAGGCCCGCAAGAUGCUGGGCUUGGACGGUGCUACCGCCACAAUCGUCGAGCAAAACAACGCCAUUGAACUGAGCAACAUCAAGGCGGCAGCUGAUGCCGAGAAGCAGCAGCAUCACAAGACACAGCUGCAACUGGAGGAGGAGCGCAAGAAGUCUGAACUCAACAAAAAGACCGCCGACAACCUGGUGGCGCGUAUCAAGGAUCUGAUCGCGUCGCAACACGAGACGCUACAACAACUGGACGACGAGAAGGAGCACUCAAUGCUGCUGCAGGAUGAGCUGAGCAAGGUCCGCGAGCAACUAAACACCACUGUACAACAACAACAACAGCUGAUGGCACAACAGACACAGCAGCCACAGCAACAGCAACAACAGGAUCAAACACCAAACAGCGCGUCCAACACACCCAAUGUCGAGAAGUCACCUCUGACGACCAGCGCCAAUGUAAAUCAAUCAAACUCGUUGGAGUCCACGCCAUCGGUUGGCUCGCCAACCAUCCAGCUCACCAAGCCAGCACUGUCGUUCACCGAGAACAACCGUGAGGUGGCCGACGUGUUGAAGCAUCUCCCACCGGCACCCACCGCCAUCACUACACCCGGCACACCCACCCGCCCACAGCUCCAACACACGACUGCUGCGCCCAAGGACAGCCUGUCGCCGACUGGCCAGUCAAACAUGCCAAUGUACAAGACAAUCAAGCGCAAUCAGACCGUCCGUCAGAUGGGCAUCGACCUCAACAUGUUUGAGAAGCCACCCACCCAGCUUGGCGCGGCAAUGUCCGACGACACCAAGACCACCUACCAGUCCAGCCUGACCCUGGGCAGCGAGUCCAGCACCAAGGAGUUCAAGCUCGAGUCCAAGUCACAGACGUCGGCCGCAAGCAUUGGCGCCGGCUUCAACUUCACGCAGGCACAGACCAACCCGGGCACGAUCGAACGCAAGAAGUCCGUGUCCAACACCAACAGCGGUAACAACAUGACAGACAAGCGCAGCAAGAAGUUGGAGAAGGAGAUCAAGGAGAUAUCAAAGAGGAUUCAGAAGGAGGAGAAGGAGAAGCGCGAGAAGGAGGAAAAGAUGAAGGCCAAGGAGGCCGCAAAGAAGAAGUCUGACAAGGAGUCGUCGUCACCCAAGACUUCGAGGAACAGUGGUAGCGAGGGUGGACACUCCCCUGUGCUGCCAAGCAAGUCCGAGACCGAUCUGUCUAUUGGUAUCACCAGCAGCAACAGCACCAGCAGUAGCAGUCUAAGCACCAAGGAUCUGCCCGCCUACCUCCAAACGGCCGAGGCCAUGGGUGAGGUGUCACAGAGCAAGGGCAAAGAUACAGCCAACAAGCGCAAGUCCAUUUGGUUCUUGAACAAGUAA